UGUGGCGGCGGCGGUGACUUUUCCUUCGGCGGCGGUGGCGGUGGCGGUGGCGGUGGCGGCUACACCCAGGUGUCCUUCGGUGGUCAGAGCAGCGAAGGUGCUUCCGUGAACGGUGCCCUGCUUGAGCAGAUCAGCCAGAUCCUCCUGAAGGAAGAGCUGCAGUCCCAACAGAGCGGCGGAUUCGGACCUAGCUCCAGCUACAGUGCCCCGUCCGCGCAAUACGGCGCUCCCCCGUCGACGCAAUACGGCGUGCCCAGCUACCAGACCCGUGUCGUAGGCAUUGAUCUCGAAGGCAUCAGGCAGGCCAUCCAGGUUGCCCAAUUCAAUCAGGUCAGCCAAGGUUCCGGAGGUUAUCCCAGCGGACCUAGCACCAGUUACGGAGCGCCCAGCAGACCGCCCAGUAGCUACGGUGCACCGUAAGGAUCAUCUUGGGUUGGAUGAUGAGAGAGAGCGAGAGAGAAUGAGAGAAUGAUAGAGAGAAAGAAAGAGAGAGAGAGGAUAUGAGAGUUGAUAAUGGCACCGGCCGACAACAACGACUAUUUUCCGAGAUGCAGCUGAAACAAACACAUAAUAUAAAAAGACUAUAGAGAAAAUCAGAUAUACUUGGAAAAAGGUCAUAAAUAUCACCAGAUUCUCUCACGAAUGAUACAUUUCUCAGGCUCCUCAACUCGGCAGGUCGUCGAUAUCAGGAUUAGAGUAUCGGAUUCGCCGCAGAUGGAGAUUCAAAGACAAACUGGAUCGCCGAAACUGGCGUUACUCGCCCUCGCGGUUCCAGCGUCGUCGCGUCCCUCAACUAAUGCCAGAAACUCAUCUAGAAGACACGUUAGACGGAAACGUGUGCGAAGAAAAGCGCAGAUGGCAAUCCGCGUGAUGGCACCUGGUUGAAGAUCAAAUAGUCGUCGCUUCAACAAGUCAGGGUCUCCCGGGAUUCGCCGGGAAGAAACGCACCGUCUCCGAGCAGCAUCUCUUCCGGGCCCCUGACUUGUCGGGAAUCCAACGGUCGCCGCUUCGACGAGACAAGGGGUCCGCGGGCAUGUGAAUGUGGCCAGUUUUUUUUUCUUUUCUUUCGGGAAAGUCUCGGUCGCUUGAAAUCUUGAGCGCAGUCGGCACGGUGCCGAAGUCUAUCGUACCAAAAUCGCAUCAAUCAUCGCGAUCAUCGAUGUCAGUUGCGCGAGGAUCAGUGAUAUCGUAAGGAGGUAGGCGCAAUCGCUGACACAGACACACUUCACACAUUCCCGGCAAUCGUCGGGACACUCAUAGAACAAAGAAAGAGGAGAAGGAGGAGGCCGACAUGCCGAAGACGUGAUUGGCGCAAUUAGCGCCUUGUAAAUAAAAUUCUACACAUGAUCGCUAUAUUGCGGCGUCCACUGCGUAAUUCGCUUUGGCUCUUCUGGCUCAAAGAUCGGUUCAUCAAUAUGAUACGAUCAAAGACCUUGAGGAUAUCAAAAGCUGAUAAUAACUCAAGCGAUAGAUCCAGUUGAGAAGGUUCUUCGAACCGAAGGCUGAGAAAAUCGUGGAAAAAAAUAUCCGAAGAGUAUAAGGUCGAUUUUGCGUAGAGUAACAGACCUCUAUCUGUUCGU